AUGUUAGAGACAGGACAAGGCGGGCGACCCCCAGGAGAUGGUGACCGGGGGCCCUUGGUGAUGGGUGUCUUGUGGGCGCAGGCAGGGAUAGCAACAGUCAUUGUAUUCCUGAGAUUAUAUGCUCGCUUCAUGAUACACACCACCGGUUGGGAUGACUGGCUGAUGUUUCUGACGCUGAGGGAACAGGCAAUAUUCAUCGGGUCAAUUAUCAUUGCUACCCUCCAAGAUAGUGUCGGAGGCUACCGACAUGUGUACUAUCUGGACGAGAAUGCCGUCGUGCGAGCGCUGGAGUUGAAUUUCAUCCUGCGCGGUGUUCAUAUUAUAGGGUACGCUACAGGCAAAGCAUCCAUCGGCGCAUUCAUUCUGCGUUUGAUCGGACCGCAGUGCUUGUGGCAGAAAUGGGUGGUUUGGGUCCUCAUCAUAUUCACUACGCUCGUCAAUGUGUUGAAUUGUAUAUUCAACUUCGUCCAGUGCAACCCGGUGCAGGGCAACUGGGACCCAAGGAUUUCAGCCAACUGCUGGAAAAGGAGGACACAGCUCAAGUUUGCUUAUUUCAUGUGCAGUACGGUCAUGAACAAGUCAUUCGCAAGACGAGAAUGA